AUGGAAGGGGGAAGGAGAAUAUCGGCAAGUCCUCGGCCUUGCAAUGGUAGGAGGGUGGUAGCGAAGAAACGACCUCGUGUUGGUGGCGUGGAUGGGUUCGUCAACAGCGUUAAGAAGCUUCAGAGGCGCGAAAUCAGCUCCAAGCGUGACCGUGCUUUCACUAUGAGCGAUGCCCAAGAGAGGUUUCGCAAUAUUCGCCUCCAGGAGGAAUAUGAUACGCAUGAUCCAAAAGGUCACUGUGCCAUGGUUCUGCCUUUCUUGCGAAAGAGGUCAAAAAUUAUUGAGAUUGUAGCAGCGCGUGACAUUGUGUUUGCUCUUGCGCAAUCUGGUGUUUGUGCAGCAUUUAGCCGAGAAACCAACCAGAGAAUAUGCUUUCUGAAUGUCAGUCCCGAUGAAGUGAUAAGAAGCUUGUUUUAUAACAAAAACAAUGACUCACUUAUCACUGUUUCAGUUUAUGCUUCAGACAAUUUCAGUUCCUUGAAAUGCAGAAGCACUAGGAUUGAAUACAUACGAAGAGGUAAACCAGAUGCUGGCUUUGCUCUUUUUGAAUCAGAGUCACUGAAAUGGCCUGGUUUUGUAGAGUUCGAUGAUGUAAAUGGGAAGGUUCUCACUUAUUCUGCACAGGAUAACAUAUACAAGGUGUUUGAUCUGAAAAACUACACAAUGUUGUACUCGAUAUCAGAUAAGCAUGUCCAAGAGAUUAAGAUUAGUCCUGGAAUCAUGCUGUUAAUUUUUACUAAAGCUAGUAGCCACGUUCCUCUUAAGAUCCUGUCCAUAGAGGAUGGUACUGUUCUCAAAUCCUUCAACCAUCUCCUUCAUCGGAAUAAGAAGGUGGAUUUCAUCGAACAGUUCAAUGAAAAGCUUCUUGUAAAGCAAGAAAAUGAGAACCUCCAAAUUCUUGAUGUUCGUAAUUUUGAGCUGACAGAAGUUAGCAGAACUGAGUUCAUGACACCAUCAGCCUUUAUAUUUCUGUAUGAGAAUCAGCUAUUCCUGACGUUUCGAAAUCGAACUGUGGCUGUUUGGAAUUUUCGGGGAGAACUUGUAACUUCUUUUGAGGAUCAUCUUUUGUGGCAUCCCGACUGCAAUACCAAUAACAUAUACAUUACUAGUGACCAGGAUCUUAUUAUUUCUUACUGCAAGGCUGAUUCUGAUGAUCCAUUGUCUGAAGGAAAUGCAGGUUCCAUCAAUAUCAGCAAUAUUUUAACUGGGAAAUGCCUUGCUAAAAUAAGAACAAGCAACAACAAGGAAAUUGAGUGCAGCUGUAGUGGUGAGUGUUGUGGCAGCAGCUGCAAUUCAAAGAAGCGGGCCCUUUCAUCCAGAAUUAGAAGUACAGUUGCAGAAGCCUUGGAAGAUAUUACUGCUCUCUUCUACGACGAAGAGCGGAACGAGAUCUACACGGGCAAUAGGCUUGGUCUAGUUCAUGGGGCUCGGCUUCUUUUUUGCCCACCUCACUCCGACUCUGAUGAUAAAGUUGAGUUCGUGUGGACACUUUACCUGGAUUGUAAGGCUCGCAAUAUCUUGCUACUAUUAACCAUCAUAUCAUAUAUGGCGGGCAUGAGUGGAGGCGACAGCCUUGCGAUUUGGUAA